GGUCGAUGCACAAUUAGGAAUGCUAGAGAGAGAUUAUCUCCAGGAGUCCCUCAGUUAUGUUUUGGGAAUUCAAGAAGUCCAGGAAAGGAUAAAAUUCGAGUUUGUGGAAAUAAUUUUAAGAUUCAUAUCUGACUGGCUCGUGUUCUACCACCUCGGCCAUGAAGUAGCGGAAGAUGCCAAAGACUAUCUAUUAGAUCUCCAAUUCAAAGUGCAAAAGACCAGGGAAAAUUUUGAUGAAACACGACAGAAAGCCCAAGAGCUAAAACACAGAUACAUGGAGAGCAAAAUGAAACCCGAAAGCGAAUACACAAAACAGGGAUAUCUGUUCCUUAUGGAGAAGAAGGCAUUCACGGCAACAUGGUCCAAAUACUAUUGCACGUACAAAAAGCAGAGUAAAAAGUUUUCGAUGCUACAGUUUAACCAAAUGUCUGGUCGAUCGCAGCAAUCCUCGACGGAAGUCCUUACGUUGGCCUCCUGCACGAAGCGGGUUUCGGAGUUUGAGAAGCGCUACUGCUUCGAUUUGAUCUUCGACGAGCGGCCGGCGAUUACGUACACAUUUCAGGCGCUCAGUGAGGAGGACCGGAAAGCUUGGCUGAAUGCCAUGGAUGGCAAGGAACCGACAUUCAUGGCCCCGUCAACGCAUCACAACGAGGACGGCAACCUGGACGAUGUCGGUUUCGCGUUUGUCCGGAAAUGUAUAGAAGUGCUGGAGAGGAGAGGAUUAGAGGAAGAGGGUCUCUAUCGGAUUGGAGGUGUGAGUACAAAGAUAUCCAAGUUGCUGAGCAUGGGACUAGACAGAAAAAAGACUGAAAAGGAUCGAUUGCAGUUUUUCAACGACGAGCAAAGCUCGGACGUGUUAGAGAAUAAGACGAUAGCAAGUGCAUUAAAGCAUUACCUGAGAAAUCUGAAUGAACCGUUGAUGACGUUUCGGUUGCACCAUUCGUUCAUCUCAUCAGCGAAGCAAGAAACCAGACAGCAGCGAAUAAAUGAUGUUCACACACUGGUCCAUAGGCUGCCCAAGAGUCACUUUGAGAUGCUGGACAUCGUUAUAAGGCACCUGAAAUCAGUCGCGAUGAAAUCGGACAAGAACAAAAUGUCUGUGUUCAACCUAGGCGUAGUAUUUGGACCAACACUGCUUCGAGCAGCAGAGGAAACUGUAGCUGCCAUAUUAGAUAUCAAGUUCAACAACGUCGUGAUAGAGAUCCUAAUUGAGAACUACGACAGGAUUUUCAAAUCACAACCCGGAAAAGGACUCGACUAUCUACCGCAUACUAACGUCAGCCCGCCCAUGGCAUUGCAACGCUCCUAUCCCGGCGUUGGUGGUGGAGGAGGGGGAGGAGGAGGAGGUGGAGGGGGUGGUGGUCUAAGUGGCUUAGGAGUUGUCGGAGCAAGUUACGCCAAAGAACGGAGCGCUAGCUAUUCGCAACCUGUUGUACGGGUUGUAGCGAAAUCAAAUUACACCGAACCGGUCAUGUCUUCGAGCUUGCAAAAUAUCUCCAACGGAAUUUCUCUGUACAGCAAAGGCACCAAUAACUAUCCCACCUAUGAAGCAAAACCGAAGAUCAUCACUUCAAUCAACAGUUCCACGCCAUCGCUGCUAAGAGACACCACACUUUCGCCGCGGGAAAUCAGUAUAGAUACCCGGGAGACUACUUACCUUAAGUCGGCGCCAUCAACAAUCACUAUAAACAGCCACAAUAGUCCUCCUCCUCCUAGUCACAAUCAUCAUAAUAUGGUCCGGUCGGAUGGCGGAGGAAGUAGUCAACUUUACCAAACCGGCUACCAAAGCCAUCUUCUGCACAACCGAGCUGAACCGCAAACUAUGCUCCGUGGGGGAAGCGCCGGAUCAGACAGCAUAUAUGGGGUCACAACACCUAUGCACAAACUGGGUCACCCUAAUCCUAUGGCCAGCAGUGAUUCUAAUCUUACCAACACGCGGAAAGAGCUCUCGAUCUACGAUCGCAUUCAUUCCACCAGUAGUUCAAACGAGUCCGUUUGUUCGUCUUCUAGUCGUGAUCUUAACCAUUCAUACGGAAGCACUAGCCGGCCGAUGUCGAACUGGGAAUACGGAACCGGCAAUGGCAGUAUCGGUGUGGUGAGUAAUGCGCUGAAUAAGUUUUCCAUGCGGGACGAUGCUAGUCAAGGUUAUAUCCCGAAGAAGACGCAGCGCAGUACCAAAGGUCUAACCCGCCAUACCAAACAUGUGACCCCGAGGGAAAAUCUGCGCGUUAGGACACUGUAUGCUUGCUUAGCGGAGAACGAUGGAGAGCUGUCGUUCGAACCCAAUCAAAUCAUUACAAAUGUGAAACGUUCCCAGGAGCCAGGAUGGCUUGCAGGUACCUUGAAUGGAAAAUCCGGCCUCAUUCCGGAGAACUACGUUGAGGUACUGAAAUAAUGGUGACGUUUACCCAAUACCAACCAGUAACAAACCAAACCACAUUACCAACAAACUAAAAAAGGAAGAAUAAACGGACCGGGAAACAAAUGGAAGCAAAAUUAAUCCAGAUGUGUAAUGACACCCAAUCACAUAACAGUCAUGCAUCUAUGAAUAAGCAAAAAAAAAAUGUUAAAUUAACAACCAAACAAACAAAAAAAACUAACGUAGGAAAACCUUCAAAAGGUUAGUUCGGCGAAACAAGUGCUGUGUAUUGUGUAGAUUUACUCGAUAACUGUUACCCGUAAAUAUGUAAGAGCAUAAAAGACGCAGCAGACAAACAACUAUCAUUCCUAUUACAAUGUAACAGAAAACGGCAAAAAUUAUAGAAAUCGGAACAUCAUCGGAUUUUGUUUCGGUUCUGUUGAGUUGUAGAUUUUUGUUUCAGUUUCAAGUUUUUUUCUAAUGAGUUGAUCAAUUUUAUUAAAAUAAGUUCACGUCAUUGUUUGACUUAGUAUUUUAUUAUGUAGAGAAAAAUGUUUUCUCUGGUUUAUAUUUAUUUAAUUUUCGAAUAUUAAAUCAACGUUUUGUUGAUUAAUUUGUUAAAAUCUCAUACUUGGAAGCUUUGUUUGAUGUAGUUAAGAUUUUUUUGUUUGUUUAUAACUGCGUUUUUCCGAUUUCUAUUAUCAAGCAAAACAGAACACGCCUCUUAUGGACAUUUCUAUCAAUGUCUUUUAAAUAUUGUAAGUAAAAGAAAACUAAUUAUUGAUUAUAGAUACACAAUAACAAACUAAAUUAUAUUUGAAAACAAACAAACAAAACACCAAUGAACUUGAGAAAAGUAUAUAUUUCUUUAUAAUUAUUGAGCAACGUGUAGGUGAAUAAAAGGUAAUAUAAAACGUACAUUCUAUGAAGAAAACAAAAA